GACGCUUGAGAAAGGAGGAGGGUAUUCCACGGCUUUAUCUUCGGCGGAGGUUGAAAACGCAACUCUGUGCGGUCCAGAGAUUAAAGUUUGAUGUCUGUACAAACUGUUGUAUUGAAGGUUGAUCUGAAGAUGUCUGCAAAGGUCAUAAUAUCGUCUUUGACUGGGGCUCUAGCGGUUUCCUAUCUCUUCUAUGAUUUGACGAGUACGAGGAAGAUUUUUGGAGGUACUAUGCCUUCCACAGUUUCAAACAAAGAAUGGGCAGAAGAAACAGAUAAGAAAUUACAGGCUUGGCCUCGAACGGCUGGUCCUCCAGUGGUUAUGAAUCCAAUCAGAAGACAGAACUUUAUAGUUAAAUCAGCAUCAGGAGAAUCUUGAAGCAUAUCACAUUGUAUGCCCAUCUAUUUGGAAUAAUGUCAACUUAUCCUCCUGUUUGAAUGAUCUAUUAGCGGUGAGCAAUUUUAUCAUUUCAGAUUUUAAAAAUCCUGAACCAGAUCGCAUUGUAUGCAAUUUGUUUGGAAUUCUGUCAACUUAUCCAGCUGUUUGAAUGAUCUGUUACGGUGAAUAAUGUUAUCAGUGCAAAUUUUAAGAAUUGUCUAGGAUUAUUGCUGCAUGUAUUUGAUUUAGCACAGCUGCAAGUCAUGUUACUGAUAAAUGGGUAUUAUGACAUAAUAAUUUGAAAUGAUUGUCAAAA